AUGCCCGCCCUGUGGAACCAGAUCAUGGACUCAGAGGAGGCGGACGAUGGAAUGGAGCAUUUUGUGGAUGCGCCAGACACAACAGGCGAGGGCGACGCUGCAGCUGCAGCCGCCAGCGGGGGUCCACUGCCGGGCAGCGGCUCUGCAGAGCAGCCCGGUCAGAGCAAGAGCGGUGCCACGGCUGACGGCCCCGGCAGCAGUGACCAGCAGCCACUCAUUGGCGGCUAUGACAUGCGCAAGCGGGAGCCGCUGCAUGCCGGGGCGGAGCGGGUGCCGUGGUGGGAGCUGGCGGCGCUGGCGUCGCACGUGCAUCCGAGCGUGGCGGCCAUGGCGCGCUCCCUGCUGGCCGGCGCGCCCGUGGUCUACAACGGCGACCCCCUCCGCGACCUCUCCCUCACCGCCUUCCUCGACACCUUCGCGCACGCGAAGGGCAGCUCGCUGAUGCAGCCGCUGCGACCCAAGAGCACGGCGCCCUCCGCGGCCUCCCUGGGCAGCGCCGUAUUUGACGCACUGGCGCAGGCUGACGUGGCGCCCGACGCCGCCUUCUUCCAGAAGUACCAGGCGCUGAGGUCAGCGCGCAAGGAGGGCGGCAAGAAGAAGAAGGCGAAGAAGGGGGAGGACGAGGACCUCAGCAGCGGCGAGGAGGUGUCUGACAGUGACGAAGCAGUUGAUGAGUUCCUCGAUGCUGAGGAGUCAGACGACGAUGACAUGGAAGGGGACUCCGCAUACAACUACGAUGACCUGGCGGCUGCAUUUGAGGUAGACAAGGGCAGCGGUUCGGACACAGAUGGCAGCGGAGGAGCUUCGGAUGGGGAGUCAGAUGGGACUGACACUGUCCAGCCAGGAAGUGAAAGUGAGGAUGAUGAGAGUGAGGAGGAGGUGGAGGCAGCUUCUGGAUCAGAACAAGAUUCAGAGGAUCUGGACGUGUUGGCACUGGCAGAGUCGAGUGAUAGCGAGGAUGGGGGCAGGGGCAAUGACGAAGAGGCAAGUCCAUCAGAUGACGAUGACGACAGUGAUUCAUCUGAGGGGGAGUGGGUCAUGCAUGGGCAGCCAAACGCAGCAGCAGGAAAGAAGGCACCAGCAGCAAAGAAGAAGGCGGCUGGCAAAGCUAAAGCCUCAAAGGAGAUUCCUGACAAAGGGGGCACGAAGAAGCGCAAGGAGAAGGGCGGCAGUGUGUUUGCUGCGGCAGAGGACUAUGCUCACCUGACCGAGGACGUCCCGGCAGCGGCUGCUGCGGACACCAAGCGGAAGAAAGCACGGCGGCUUGGUGGCAAACGAUUGAAGUGA